CCAUACAUAUAAAUUUUUAAGCAGGAGGGAUGAUGAUGCCCAAAAAGUAAGCUAAAAUUCGCCAGCCUCCGUUGUCGUUGGUUAGGUCUUGAUGUGGCAAUAGUGAACAUUGAUGACCAACUAGGCAGCCAUGAGUAGAGGUGGAAGUUACGGCGGCGGGCAGAGUUCCUUAGGCUACCUUUUUGGUUCUGAUGACCAACCAAAUGCACCACCCCCUUCCCGGAUUGUUAACCUACCGCCUUAUGGAGUUGAUACCAUCUCGGAGAAGCCCUCAGACAAUUCUUCUUCCGAGAAGCAGAAGGUCUCAAACAACUAUCACCGAGCUCAAGGCCAGAAUUCUGGGAACUUCAUUACGGAUCGUCCGUCUACAAAAGUAAAAUCAGUGCCUGGAGGAGAUUCAUCGCUUGGGUACCUCUUUGGAGAUAAGUAAUGUUUCUGAAUUUCUCCAGCUUAGCUUUUAAUAAGGGAUUAAGCCUAAAUAGUAUAUGGGUUGAUGAAUAAGGGAUUAUGAGCACAAAGAUCCCAUCAUUGUUGAUGAAUUUGAAAGUGUUUGUCUGCAAAUUCUAGCUAUGCAAAUUACUUAGCCUAUGUAUUAUGUGUGGUUUGUCGUCUAUAUAUAAUAAUAAGAGAGAAGGUAGCUCUUUCUGUUC